UUGCAAAUUUUCAAUGACAGUCCACUGUGAAAUAACUAUCGUUCUAAGGAUCAUUUAUUGCUUGUAGGGACAUUGUUGUUUCCAUGAAUCUUCAUGGACGGGCAUGUGAAGUUGGCACCCGGCGUGACAUGCGCACGCUCAAACCAGGGUCGUGGCUAUCCGACACUCCAAUCAACUUGGUGGUGGUGCAAUUGACUAAUCGACAGAGGGAUUUACACAAUGACAGGAGGCACACUGAUUGGUUCUUUCCUGUAUAUCUGUCGACUAUGAUUCUAAAUAAAGAUAUGCAACCUCUGCACCAUGAACAUAUCGUCACAUCAUUUUUCGGACAUGACAGAUACACUGGUGCGAUUGAUGCAUGCCAGAGGAGGAGUGCAUUGGUUGUGCGUUAAAAUUGAUAUGGUGGACCGUGUAGCCUAC